AUGGUGAGAGAUGACUUCAUUUUACUUGUCGUCUAUGGAAUUGUUGGAGCACACAUUCUGCUUGAAUGUGCUCUAGCCUUUGCCCUUAAAUAUGAAAAAGUAGAUGGAGUAUCAAUUACUCUUUGUGGUGAUGGUGCUAUGAAUCAGGGGCAACUUUAUGAAGCUCUUAAUAUGGCUACUUUGUGGAACUUGCCUAUAGUUCUUGUGUGCGAGAAUAAUCAUUAUAGCAUGGGUACAACAGAAUGGCGAGAAGCAAAAUGCUCUGCAUAUUACAAGCGAGGACACUAUGUUCCAGGUCUUAAGAUUCUGGAGAUGGACACUUACAGAUAUCAUGGUCAUUUAAUGUCAGAAUAUGGCGUUGAAAAGGCCUUAGUAAACUGCAAACAAAUGUAUGCUGGUGUGGGAAGUAUUGAAACCUUUAGGCUUAUGCAAUUGGAAAAUUUGAUGCCUGAAUCCUCCCUUGUUGUGCGUGGUAUCUGGGAGGCAUUGAAGUUUCAACAAAAUGCAAUUAGCAGGCUUAAAGACCAACCCUCCCAUGCUAUGGUCCAGGUGGCAGGUGAGCUGGCAAGUCCCGAUGAGGUGGCAGUCCAGUGGCGUACAGGUGGUAGUCCGGAAGGCGGUGAAGUGGCAGAUAGGUGA